AUGGCCACUGAUCAUAUUGUUGGUGGUGAUAAAGGCUGGACUGUUGAUUUCAACUAUACUCAAUGGGCUCAGGAACCGGUUUUUCGCGUUGGUGACAAUCUUGUUUUCAACUAUAACCCUUCUUUCCACAAUGUAUUCAAAGUGAAUGGUACACUCUUUCAAAACUGUACUUUUCCUGCCGAAAAUGAAGCACUUUCUACUGGAAAAGAUAUCAUUCUAUUGAAAACUGAAGGCAGAAAAUGGUAUGUUUGUGGAAAAGCUGAUCAUUGUGUUUCUCGUCAAAUGAAGUUUGUCAUCACCGUUCUAGCAGAAGGUGCACCUGCUCCGUCUUCUCCUUCUCCUCCGCCGUCUUCUGAUGCACACCAUGUUUUAUCUUCUGUGUUUGGAGUUGUCAUGGCAACCAUGGUUGCUAUUGCAGCCAUCUUUGCAUGA